CAUAGUUCAGUUUUUGAGUAAACGUUUUCAACACUUAGUGACACGUUUCCGAAGACACAUUCUUUACACGAAUCUACAGAGAAACAUAUUUAAUUGUGUGAUAAUAUCGUUACUGAUAUAUGAAUUAGCUAGCUAGACGCUGCUUAAACGUCGAAGUCUGAGCUCGCUUUGUUGCCCGAUCACAAGUAUUUGAUGCUGGAGCUCUUUGAAGAACCGCAGCAUGUUCCCCCACGGCGCUGCACCGAGGGGGCGGUCAGCCUACAGUAAGGGCCUGUACCCACCACCCUCUGUGCCUCUAUACUACGAUUACAACCACCAACCCCUGGCUGGUGUCAAUAGCUUCUAUGUUCCUGGAUUAGAGAGGUUGCCUUCAUAUGAAUGGAAACCCACACCACCCACCUCUCCAGUCCCUCCUCAUCGCACACCAACUGUGACCAAUAGGCGCAAGAGGCAGAUUGAUGAAUACACCCCCAAUGUUGUGAAACGCCAACGCCUUGACUCUUCUUCCCACCCAGUAAUCGGCUCCCCUUUAAUUCGGGCACCUCCCCCUCGUCGUCCUGACCAAGUGGUCGCAGGGCCAUCAAGAUCAUCCUUCACUGAUUUUGAUCGCUCUUAUCCUAGCCCACGUGCCCAGCCCCAACCCCAGGUGCCUACUAUCCCAGAUAGCUCCCACAGCCUGCAGGCCUACGCAAAGGACAAGCUGAGUGUUCAGAUGGUUGAGCUGUUUGAGGCGUGCCAGCAGCAAUCUUCUGAUUUGGCCCGAAAGGAGACUUGCCGAACUCGGCUGCAGCAAGACAUACAGCGUGUCUAUGCAGCGGCACGACUUUACUUGACGGGAUCUUCUAUGAAUGGGUUGGGCUGCCGGAGCAGUGAUGCUGAUCUGUGUCUGGUCCUCAAAGGAAAUAAAAGACCUGAUCCCAUUCAUGUACUCUCAGUCCUCCAAAGGUUGUUCAGAUCACUGUCAUAUAUAGAGAGGACUCAGCUGAUCAGAGCCAAAGUGCCGAUCCUCAGGUUCAGAGAGAAAGGCAGUGAUCUGGAGUUUGACUUGAAUAUCAACAACACAGUGGGCAUCAGAAACACAUUCCUUCUGAGGAGUUAUGCCUAUGCUGAUCUCAGGAUAAGACCCAUGAUCCUUGUUGUUAAGAAAUGGGCACGGCAUAAUCAAAUCAAUGAUGCCAGCAAAGGAACGUUAAGCAGCUACACACUCGUGCUGAUGGUGCUGCACUCCCUCCAGACUCUUAGUGAUCCUGUCCUUCCCUCCCUACAGAGGGACUACCCAGAGUGUUUUAAUCCCUCCAUGGAAAUUGACAUGGUUCCAGAGGGAACUAAACACGUCCCGCCCUACAUCUCAAGAAACCAGUCCUCUCUUGGAGAGCUGCUUCUGGGCUUUCUCAAAUACUAUGCCACAGACUUCAGGUGGGAUAAGCAGGUGAUCUCUGUUCGAGAGGCCAGAGCUUUGCCCAAGAACAAUUCUCAAGAGUGGAGAAACAAAUACAUAUGUGUUGAAGAGCCAUUUGAAAGAAAUAACGUUGCCAGGGCAGUCCAUGAGAAGGUCAAGUUUGAUGCCAUUAAAGCUCAGUUUGUGGAGUCAUAUCGGAUACUACAACAGAGGAAGGACUUGAACUCGAUCCUCCCAGUCAGAGCCAUCAUUAGCAAGGAGUCAUCCAGGAGAUAAGGGAUUCCUCUAAUUAGACGAGCUUCUACCUCAAGACAAGCCUGUCCCCAGAAACAAAGAGACACCUUUGGGAUGUGCUGAGAGAGGCACCCGGCUGCCUCGGCACCUCACAGCCAGAAAGACUCUGAAUGCUCUGGCUGCCUCGGUAUCGGUCACAAACUGUAUGUCCUGUGGCAGUACAUAUUGAAAAUACUGCACUCAGUUUCAGAUGCUUUGCAGAAUUUUCCAAAUUAUUGUAACUGAUAAUAAAAAUACAGUAUAUGUUUAGUGA